AUGAAAAUUGUAUUUCGAUAUUCCUAUGAUCUUUUUGUAAUUGGAGGAGGUUCAGGUGGUUUAGCUAGCAGUAAAGCAGCAGCCCAAUUAGGAAAAAAAGUUGCUUUGGCAGAUUUUGUUGUACCCUCUCCAAAUGGUCAAACUUGGGGUGUAGGAGGAACUUGUGUAAAUGUUGGAUGUAUUCCUAAAAAAAUGUUUCAUAUUGCUGCUUAAUUGGGAGAUUAUAGACAAGAUUAGGGUAGAGUAGGAUGGAGUGGAAUAAAUGAAAAUGGAUCUCAUGAUUGGAAUAAAAUGGUUUAAGUAGUAUCUAAUAUGAUACUGAGACUUAAUAGAAUGCAUGAAAACAAUCUCAAAAUAGCAGGAGUUUAAUAUAUAAAUUCAUUAGCAAAAUUGAUAAAUCCAAACACUAUUGAAGUAUGUAUGUAUUCAUAAUUUUAGCUUACUGAUUAAAAAGGUGAAAAGAGUAUUGUUACUGCUGAAAAGAUUAUCGUUUCAGUUGGAGCAAGACCAAAAUUAUAUGAAGGAUUGAAUCCUUAGAGUUAUAUUACAUCAGAUGAUUUAUUUUGGAUGAGAAGACCUCCUGGUAAAUCUUUAAUAAUUGGAGGAUCUUAUGUGGCAUUAGAAUGUGCAGGAUUUUUGAAUGGAUUAGGAUAUGAUACAUAAGUGUUAGUAAGAAGUAAAUUGCUUAGAAAAUUUGAUCAAUAAUAUGCAUAAUUAGUUGGACAAUAUAUGGUUGAAAAAGGUGUUAAAUUUCAUUAUGGUUGUACACCUACUAAAAUUGAUGGUAAAAUUGUUACUUGGAAAGAUAAGAAUGGAAAAGAAUCAUCAGAAAAGUUUGACACUGUUUUGAUGGCUAUUUCAAGAUAAGCUAAUACUUAAAAUUUAGGAUUGGAAAAUGUUGGAAUUUAAAUUGAUGAAAAUUAGAAAAUUAUUGUUAAUAAAUAUGAUUAAACUAAUUGUCCAAAUAUUUAUGCUGUAGGAGAUUGUGUUUCUGGAAAAUUAGAAUUAACUCCUACAGCUAUAAUGGCAGGAAGGAAAUUAAUUAAGAGAUUAUAUUAAGGUUCAUCAGAUAUAAUGGAUUAUAGAGAUGUAGCAACAACAAUCUUUACACCUUUAGAGUACAGUUGUAUUGGAUUAUCAGAAGAGAGAGCAAUUGAAAAAUAUGGUUAAGAUAAUCUAAAGAUUUUUGAAAAUGUUUUCAAACCUGUGACUUGGAAUAUUAGUGCUAGAAAUCCAUCAAUAUGUUAAGGAAAAUUAAUAGUCAGAAAAGAUACUGACUAAAUAAUUGGAUUUCAUUAUAUUGGACCAGAAGCUGCUGAAGUUACUUAAGGUUUUGCUGUGGCUAUUAGAAUGGGAGCUACAAAGGCAGAUUUUGAUUCGACUGUAGGAAUUCAUCCAUCUGCUGCAGAAGUAUUUAUAAUGAGAUUAUUAAUAGGAAAUGGUUUAAAUGAAAAAAUUUAGAUGA